CAGAACAGGACCACAGACAGAAAAGUUUCUGGUUUAAAAAAAAAAUUGAAGAAAUUCAGACUAGGCACUUGAUCGAUGGAGAUUCGAUCAGAAUCCAAGGUGCAGGAUGUCACCUUCUGGGAUAGAGUGGUUUCACUGGAGAAUGCAGAUGUGUGAUUCUUGGAACACAAACCUACAAAUGCGAUAAAUAGCUCCAUGAACCUGCCCCCUGACAAGGCGCGUCUCCUGCGACAGUAUGACAACGAGAAGAAGUGGGAUCUCAUCUGUGACCAGGAGCGGUUCCAGGUGAAGAAUCCUCCCCACACUUACAUCCAAAAGCUCCAAAGCUUCCUGGACCCCAGUGUCACUCGGAAGAAGUUCAGGAGGAGAGUGCAAGAGUCAACCAAAGUGCUGCGGGAGCUGGAGAUCUCACUCCGCACCAACCACAUCGGGUGGGUUCGGGAGUUUCUGAAUGACGACAACAAAGGCCUGGACGUGCUGGUGGAUUACCUGUCCUUUGCCCAGUGUUCUGUCAUGUUUGACUUUGAGGGUCUGGAGAGUGCUGACGACGGCGCAUUUGACAAGCUCCGCGCCUGGAGCAGGUCCAUCGAGGACCUGCAGCCGCCCAGCGCCCUGUCGGCCCCCUUCACCAACAGCCUCGCUCGCUCUGCGCGUCAGUCUGUGCUCCGGUACAGCACACUGCCCGGGCGCAGGGCCCUGAAGAACUCGCGCCUGGUGAGCCAGAAGGAUGACGUCCACGUCUGUAUCCUCUGUCUCAGAGCCAUCAUGAACUAUCAGUAUGGAUUCAACCUGGUCAUGUCCCACCCCCAUGCCGUCAAUGAGAUUGCUCUCAGCCUCAACAACAAGAACGCAAGGACCAAAGCCCUUGUCUUAGAGCUCCUGGCAGCUGUGUGCUUGGUGCGGGGAGGCCACGAGAUCAUCCUUGCUGCCUUUGACAAUUUCAAAGAGGUGUGCAAGGAGCUACACCGUUUCGAGAAGCUGAUGGAGUAUUUCCGGAAUGAGGACAGUAACAUCGACUUCAUGGUGGCCUGCAUGCAGUUCAUCAACAUCGUGGUGCACUCGGUGGAAGACAUGAACUUCCGGGUCCACCUGCAGUACGAGUUUACCAAGCUGGGGCUAGAGGAGUUCCUGCAGAAGUCAAGGCACACGGAGAGCGAGAAGCUGCAGGUGCAGAUUCAGGCGUACCUGGACAACGUAUUUGACGUGGGUGGGUUGCUGGAAGAUGCUGAGACCAAGAACGUGGCCCUGGAGAAGGUGGAGGAGUUGGAGGAGCACGUGUCCCAUCUCACAGAGAAGCUUCUGGACCUGGAGAACGAGAACAUGAUGCGGGUGGCGGAGCUGGAGAAGCAGCUGCUGCAGCGGGAGAAGGAGCUCGAGAGCAUCAAGGAGACGUACGAGAACACGAGCCACCAGGUGCACACCCUGCGGAGGCUCAUUAAGGAGAAGGAGGAGGCCUUCCAGCGCCGGUGCCACUUGGAGCCCAGUGCUCGGGGCCUGGAUUCCAUGGGCAGCGAGGCCCUGGGCAGGGUAGGCCCUGCGGAGCUGAGUGAGGGCAGCCCAGCCUCUGAGCUGGACCCGCUGGCUCCAGCCCCACCAUCCGAGGAGGCCCUGCCCCUGCCUCCGCCACCAGCACCUCCCUUGCCUCCUCCACCUCCCCCGUUACCAGACAAGUGUCCCCCAGCCCCACCCCUCCCUGGCGCAGCCCCCUCUGUGGUGUUGACCGUGGGUCUGUCAGCCAUUCGCAUCAAGAAGCCGAUCAAGACCAAGUUCCGGCUGCCCGUUUUCAACUGGACGGCCCUGAAACCCAACCAGAUCAGCGGCACUGUGUUCAGUGAGCUUGAUGACGAGAAGGUCUUAGAGGACCUGGACCUGGACAAGUUCGAAGAACUGUUCAAGACGAAAGCCCAGGGCCCUGCCCUGGACCUCAUCUGCUCCAAGAAUAAGACAGCGCAAAAGGCCGCCAGCAAGGUGACCCUGCUGGAAGCCAAUCGUGCCAAGAACCUGGCCAUCACCCUACGCAAGGCCGGCCGCUCAGCCGAGGAGAUCUGCAGGGCCGUCCACACGUUUGACCUGCAGACACUGCCCGUGGACUUCGUCGAGUGCCUCAUGCGCUUCCUGCCCACUGAGGCCGAGGUGAAGCUGCUGCGGCAGUACGAGCGGGAGCGGCAGCCCCUGGAGGAGCUGGCGGCCGAGGACCGCUUCAUGCUGCUCUUCAGCAAGGUGGAGCGGCUGACGCAGCGCAUGGCCGGCAUGGCCUUCCUGGGCAACUUCCAGGACAACCUCCAGAUGCUCACGCCGCAACUCAACGCCAUCAUUGCGGCCUCAGCCUCUGUCAAGUCCUCGCAGAAGCUGAAGCAGAUGUUGGAGAUCAUUCUUGCACUGGGGAACUACAUGAACAGUAGCAAGCGGGGAGCUGUGUACGGCUUCAAGCUCCAGAGCCUGGAUCUGCUCCUGGACACCAAGUCCACUGACCGGAAGAUGACGCUGCUGCACUUCAUCGCCUUGACAGUGAAAGAGAAAUACCCGGAGCUGGCUAACUUCUGGCACGAGCUGCACUUUGUAGAGAAGGCUGCGGCAGUGUCCCUGGAGAACGUGCUGCUCGACGUCAAGGAGCUGGGCCGGGGCAUGGAGCUGAUCCGGCGGGAGUGCAGCCUGCACGACAACAGCGUCCUCCGCAGCUUCCUCAGCACCAACGAAGGCAAACUGGACAAGCUCCAGCGCGACGCCAAGACGGCGGAGGAGGCCUACAACGCUGUUGUGCGCUACUUUGGCGAGAGUCCUAAGACCACACCCCCUUCAGUGUUCUUCCCGGUGUUUGUCCGGUUCAUCCGUUCUUACAAGGAAGCAGAACAAGAGAACGAAGCCCGCAAGAAACAGGAGGAGGUGAUGCGAGAGAAGCAGCUUGCUCAGGAAGCCAAGAAGCUGGACGCCAAGACCCCAUCGCAGCGGAACAAGUGGCAACAGCAGGAGCUGAUUGCGGAGCUGAGGCGGCGCCAGGCCAAGGAGCACCGGCCCGUGUACGAGGGGAAGGACGGUGCCAUCGAGGACAUCAUCACAGUGCUGAAGAGUGUCCCUUUCACGGCUCGUACUGCCAAGCGGGGCUCACGCUUCUUCUGCGAUGCAGCCCACCACGAUGAGUCAAACUGUUAGCCCCCAGGGCUGGGCCCGACAGGCCUCCACAGCCAGCCCAUCGUUGUUCGCCACCAAGCCAGGAGUGCUGCCCCGCCCAGCGGCCCCCCUCGGGCUCCAGGCCCCCACUGAGGCCUUGCUGGGGGCAGAAGUACUCAGCCCCCAGACUCCUGCAAGCCCAGCCCCUGGGUGCGGCCCUGGCUGGCUCCCUGGAGCCCCGCACUCCCUCGCUGCCUCCUGUACCGCACCUCGUCCCCAAGGGCAGCCCAGGGCUGGGAAGAACCACGUCCAGCUUUGGCCUGCACAGGAGCACAGUGGCCCUCUCGCGCCAAGCCCGGAGGCUUGAGGUGGGGGAGCAAACAUCCACAUUCACAUCCGUGCUGCCAUUUGUCCCAUGGUCGCCUCUGAACCGGAAGAUCGGCCAGUCUCAGGUCAUCUCUUGCCAGGAGCAGGGCCCGCCUACGGUGCCCUAGUGGGGAGGGAGGGGGAGGAGGAGGAGGAGGGGCCAGGCUCCCCGCCCCUAGCCCUGGCCUGUCCCAUCCUGGGCUGACUGUCCCUGCUGGACAGAGCGUGUGCCAACAACCUCCCCCUCCUUCCUCAGCUAGGGUUUUGUGUUUUUUUUUUUUUUUUUCUGUUUUUGUUGUUUGGGGUAUAUUUUGGCAGGGGGCGGGGAGCCUGGUGGUCUCGGAUAUUGGCUCAGUUCCCUGCCAGUUCUUUUCCAGCCCCUAGAAGGGAGCAUGGGGCCCGCCUCUUUUUGUACAUGUCCCCUGCCUUUCCUCUUGUACAUAAACCGCAGACCUUCCCUCUCAACAAAGGCUGGAGGCACCA